UACAGUAGAAAUGAUCCACUUCUAAUCCAUUGCUGUCUUGCAGAAGGAUUCUAGAAUCAUGAUUUGAAUCAUCAGCCAUUAACAUUGUAUCAUUAUUGUUUUUACUUCAACAAGUUAUUAUCAGUCAAUUAUUUUCCUUUUCUUUUGUCUCAUAAGGAAACUACAACAUUCAUCACAAAAGUCUAAAGAGAUGCGGCUGACUGACAUGAAAUCUGAACCUGUAAAAGAAUCAUCUGCACAAUAUUCAGACAAUUCCAAAUCUUCAGGUAAGGAAAACCUGCAUAAUGCAAAUUCUACAAACAUGAAUCCAAAACUAACAGUCCCAUCUAUCUUAUCUAUCCAAGAUGUUCAUGGAAGCGACAGUGACAAUGCUGAAAAUGUUGAGGACGAUCCUUGGCAAGAGUUGUGCGGAAGGAGAAUUGAGCCGAAGGUUUCCCUAGCAGAGAGGACAGCGAGAGAUCCGGGCCCCAGACUAAGCCCUGUCCUCACAAGUUCCCCUGAUGGAGCAGGCUGCUGCCGGCCUCAACACUCAGAGACACAGCCACCGGGCCGGCUGUGCAGAGGAUCAGUCUAUCCACCGGACCGUAACCCAAAUCUGUGGGAUCCCAGUAUCCCCAGCAGUCUUCUCCGCUCGGCUCAGGUUAACACCUGGACCAGGGGGGCCACCACGGGAACAGGAAGUGGACCGAGCCUGGCAGCAGCGGGCAGGACUCCAGGACCUCCAGGGAUCCCGUUGCAGGAGCUGGUGAGCCUCUCACACUUUGGAGGCUUCCUGUUUUAUCCCUAUUCCAGCUUCUCUGCAGCACCAGUCCACUGUCUCCUCCCACCUGUGCGGUCCCGAGUGGAUUUCCGAGCCCAUCCGAGCGUCCUCAGCCGGGACUACGUCCCCCCUCCCAUCAUGGCUUCAUCUGCUCCUGCUUCGGGGGGUGCUAGACUGAGAUAUCAUGCCCUUGAUUGGCUAAUGCUACCCAAAACAGAGCAGAAGGAUUCCGUGGACAAAGAAGUUGAGUUUAAAAACUGAAAUUGAAAAUGAAAUUGAUGUCAGUCAAGACGAGUCACAGACAGGGUGAAAAUAUGAACCAUGUCUGAACCCUAAGUAAAUCAGACAAA